AUGUCUGUUCCACUCACCAAGGUCGAUUCUGCUAUCGCUGGCUUGUCUAUAGACGAGAAGCCCCCAGCUCCAACAGAAACAGAAGUCAAGAAGGAGAAGAAGUCCAGGCGACUCUCAUCUCAAGCUGAAGAUGUCUGGAAUAUUAAGGAUCUGGAGGAGCAAAAGAUCGAAAUCACUCUGCCCAUCGAGACUCAAAAGACUGGAUGGAGACUUAACACUUCACCAAACACCGUCGAGGAUAAAGAAAUCCUCCAACUCAAGCUCACAAAUCCCCCAGUCAAGAAGAUUGACCUGCACUUCCCCUUAGGCCUUGAGGUCACCGCCCGGAAUCUCAAGGGUGUCACAAUCAAGGAUGCCUUAGACGCCAUCUACAAACAGUACAAGAAGAAGUCGGAUGACGAGCUAGAGAAACCAUACCUCGCUGGCUUCGAGUGGGACAAAGAGGAGUGCUGGACACGGUUCAUUGUACACCAAACCGACAAGAACACCGCGUCACACCCAAGUGAUAACAGCAAGAAAUCUAAGAAGAAGAAGAAGGACGAAGAGUAG